AUGUUUCCAGAGAAUUCGGCAAGAACAGCAGAGGACGGAGAGCAACGAUCAAGCCAGUCCAUCCAGGCAAUUAAAUUAAAAAGGGCGGGCAGGAGGAACAAGUCUCUGCCGGGAGACAGGUGUUGGCAGUCAGACAUUUUCGAGGUACCUGCUGCAGAGGUAUCUCGUCACCAAAAAACAGUGGCAAGGUACUUCCUGGGAUGUCACUUGGGGUCUGGCCCGAUUUCGUCACACGUCCACCUAAGCUCACCAGGGUCCGCUGGUUUCCCCGCGCUAGCCUCGGAUUGGCAAGCGGGCCCAGGCGCUCCGAGUUUUCUUCUUGCCCGCGCCUCACGGGACCGGCUCUCUCCCCGGUCCUCCCCGCGUCUCAGGUUGCUUACCCGACUGCUGCUUCUCGUCUUGGUUGCUGCCUUCCAAGAUGAUUCGUGUUGCGGGCGAUCAAGCUUCGGUAUAUUUUCCGGCGAGAGUGCUUGCUCCCUGGCUACUGUCGGUCUUAUCUUUCCGAGGGAGGGUCCUCUGAGGACUCUUGCGUGCAAAUGGCUUUAUCUAGCUUCACAGCUUUCAGGGCUUAUCUUCUCUAUAGGUGUCUGUCAACUGGAUGACGACGGUAUCUACGACGGUCACUGCAUUCCCAUGCCUUGCUGUGGAAGCAAGGCAGCUGUCGACCUUAUGUGUAUUGGUUCUUGCAGUCUCAAGCUGACUGGUUCUGAAAAUAGAUCUGCCAACAUCAUCCUCAGACUGCAGUUGAUCUCUAGAUCAGUGAGAAUACUCCAAGGUAGUCUAGCGAAGACGACAACUGUCAGGACUGAUCUAUUGGUCUUUGUCGACCCAAUCGGUCGUUCUAUGUUGUGCCAUGUAGCUGACAGCCCGGCCACUAGAUUCAGCGCUGUACAGUUCAUGGACAAUCGUUCUUCUGCCGAGGAAGGCCUGCAGCAGGGCCACAGAAAAUGUGGCAGUCAGAAUCGGCAGUCACCCAGUCUUAGCUCGAACAACGAAGCCUACAGGUACGUGACCUUCACUAUUUGCUGUUCUACGUUUAUGUCAUGCUUCAUACCGAAAUCGCAUGCUGGUUUGAAGCCGGCUUCCGCACAUGAUGUGGCCGGAUCUGUCGCGGACUCGGAUUACAUUGUCCUUGGUAACGCUGCUGCUCAUGUCCAUGAGACAUAG